CAGGGGAAUCCGGGGAAUGCGAAUCGGGUCGCGGGGCCACGCUGCGUGGAUUAGGUCAUGCACGUGUCCGUCAUCGAAGGGCUGGCGAGCCGUGCUCUCCUCGUCAAGGCAAUCCAGAGGAAAUUCGAGAAUACCUGUGUCUGCCUGCCGAGAAGUAGGUAUACAACCUAUGACUCGUCCGUACAUCGGAAAAGGUGCGGCUAGCUGUCCAUGCCCGAACCUGCCAGUCAGCUAUAGCCCCAAACUCUAGUAAGGACCUCAAAUAGCCUGAUGCUAGAACUGUGCAAUAGCCAUGCUCGCGUGAUCCAAUAUUAUCCAACUUAAUUAGCCGUGUAGCAUUCCCAAAGUCGUAUAUUCGAGAGACUUGCCUAGGGAAGCUUGGCUAGGCGUAGCCGCUGUGAGCAUUAGACGACAGAAAACCGACCUUGUGGGAGCCUCUUCCUAAGCCGCGUUGGGAAAUUCUAGCGGCGAGACCAUUGGUCAAGCCCCGUGUUGCUCCAUGUAAGUCGUCUAAAACAACAAAAGAGCCACGAGCUGGCUAUGACAAACUUGUCUGUGCGGGUUUCUAUCCUCCGAGUGACCCCAUUUACUAGUUAUGGCCAGAACAGACUAGUCAGGCAAACGAUUCAUCGUGAGCAGGUCGGUUUGUUUACGGAAGAAACGCUGCCUCAUAACGUUCCGGGCCCGCGUGGUUGAGGCACUUGCGCUCCCCGAGCCGCUGUUUGAUGUGCUCUCUAGCCAACUGUGAAGCCGGCUGAGGACUAAAUGGCCAUGAUCCUACCGGACAAUUCGGUCUUCUUCCGCGCGAACAACGCGGACUUCGACGGCUGAACGACGGAAAAACAUGAUGAGAAUAUUCUCCCGGUGGAGAGGACAACGGCAUGUGGGAAAAGAUGCGCUAUCCGCCAGAAUCGCGGCGUGUUGUGUGCCAGAGGCAUUUCGUGUGAUGGGUUUCAGUAUCAACGCCGCGGCGAAGCCCGACAGCUCGGGGCGGUCCCGAUGUUCAGUGUGAGUGGGCGGGAGCCGAGUAAGCGCCGUUGCGUUAUCGUCGUAAUGGAACAAUAGAAGCGGUUCGAAUACCCUCCCACAGGCCGGGAGGCAGG